AUGCAGAAAGACCAGCCCCACGGUGCUCCCUUCAGCUCCGAGAAUGAGACUCAGGGCGGCGACACGGGCGUGUGGCAAUGCACCCCUCCCCCAUCUACCUCGCCUUCGGCGGAGACGCCGGCCCACCCGCCCGCCUCACAGUCCGUACCCAGACCCCAGUCCAGGCCGGCAAGCCAAAGCCCCAGCCCCCCCACCACCCUGACAGGAACCAAGAAGAGGAGCUCCAAACCUGCACACAUGAGACGAAACAUCAGAAAGUUACUGAGGGAACAUCAGUUGGAUGCUGUGACCAAAGUUGCCCAGCAGGAGGAGCUGGAGAGAAGGCGGCGCCUGGAAGAGCAAAGAAAACAAGACUUUCCUGCACUGCUGCUUCCUGAAUACACAACUGGCGACUUUUCCCAGCAUGUGCCAUCAUCCUCUGCAUCACUGUCAUCGCUAAGAGAUGUGAAGCCGGCCAGACGGGACCUGAUCUGUUUGGGCUCCAGCAGCACGACCAUCAGCAAGAAUGACAAGACUGACCUGCCCACCUCAGCUGCUACGGACACCAUACCCACACGCAAAACAGAUGUCAUAGAUCUGAGCUCGAGUGAGGACGACGCCAUCGUCCGCGUCUGCAGCGAGUCCACCAACGAGGAAGAAGAGGGCGAGCCGAUCAGCGCCCAUGUCAACGAUAUCCACAACCAGCCGGACGCACGGGGCAGGGUGCUGGUCAACGUCAACCACCCAGCGGCCGAGCAGGACGUCUUCCUGUCGCCCCAGCUGGCUCGAGCCGUUAAACCUCACCAGAUCGGUGGAAUACGUUUCUUGUACGACAACCUGGUGGAGUCCGUGGAGCGCUUCAGCAGCAGCACUGGUUUCGGCUGCAUCCUCGCGCACAGCAUGGGUCUGGGCAAAACGCUGCAGGUCAUCUCCUUCAUCGACGUGCUGUUCAGGCACACCCAGGCCCACACCGUGCUCGCCAUCGUACCAGUGAACACAUUGCAGAACUGGCUGUCAGAGUUCAACAUGUGGGUUCCGCCACGGGAGGCAUUACCUCCAGAUGCUGACCCUGCCGUAGUGACACCCCGCACAUUCAAGGUUCACAUCCUCAACGACGAGCACAAGAACACGGCAACAAGGGCCAGGGUGGUGGAGAACUGGGCACAGGACGGCGGGGUGCUCCUCAUGGGCUACGAGAUGUACCGCCUCCUGUCUCUGAAGAAGAGUUUCGUGGCUGGAAGGAAGAAAAAGAGCAAGAAAACCGCAGGACCCGAUGUCAUUGACCUGGAUGAAGAAGACCGACAGCAGGAGCUCCUGAAAGGUGUCGAGAAAGCCUUGGCACACCCCGGCCCCGAUGUUGUGAUCUGUGAUGAAGGACAUCGCAUCAAGAACUGUCACGCCAGCACGUCUCAGGCUCUGAAGAGCAUCCAAACCCGGCGCCGCGUGGUGCUGACCGGCUAUCCGCUCCAGAACAACCUGAUCGAGUACUGGUGCAUGGUGGACUUUGUCCGUCCCGACUUCCUAGGUACGCGGCAGGAGUUCAGUAACAUGUUUGAGCGCCCCAUUCUGAACGGGCAGUGCGUGGACAGCACACCUCAGGACAUUCAGCUGAUGCGGUACAGGAGCCACGUCCUCCAUAGCCUUCUGGAAGGCUUUGUGCAGAGGCGAGGUCAUGAUGUCCUGAGAGACCAGCUGCCCUCAAAGGAGGAGCAUGUGAUCCUCGUGCGUCUUUCUCCCCUCCAGAGGGCGCUCUACACAGAGUUCAUGAACCGUUUCAGAGAGGCAGGAAACACCGGCUGGCUCAGCCUCAACCCCCUGAAGGCCUUUUGUGUUUGCUGCAAGAUCUGGAACCACCCAGAUGUGCUGUAUGAGGCCUUGCAAAAGGAAACUCUUGCGAGCGAACAGGACUUGGACCUUGAUGACAUCACUUCCACAGGACAAGCCCGAUGUCCCCCUGCACCCAAUCAGAAGUCAAAGAACCUGGAUAAUCCAAACCCCGUCGGCGGGCUGAGUCUUUCCCAGCUGCAGGAGAAAGCCAAUCAGGUCAUCACGUAUGAAUGGGCAAGGGACAUCAUGUGUGACUACAAGCCCGGCCUGCUGGAGAACUCGGCAAAGAUGGUCCUGCUGUUCCAUCUCAUAGAGGAGAGCGUCAGAAAGGGAGACAAAAUCCUCGUGUUUAGUCAAAGUUUAUCCACACUGACGGUGAUUGAGGAUUUCUUGGGCAAGAGACCCGUCCCCGCCUCCCCGCACACCCCCAUCAAAGACGGUCCGAACCAGAACUGGGUCCGCAAUCUCAACUACUACAGACUGGAUGGAAGCACAACAGCCUCAGAGAGAGAAAGACUGAUAAACCAGUUCAAUGAUCCCUCCAACACAUCAGCGUGGGUUUUCCUGCUCUCCACCAGGGCUGGUUGUCUGGGUGUCAACCUGAUCGGGGCGAACCGCGUGGUGGUGUUCGACGCCUCCUGGAAUCCCUGCCAUGACGCUCAGGCCGUGUGCCGCGUCUACCGCUAUGGCCAGAGAAAGCCCUGUCACAUCUACAGACUGGUGUGCGACUUCACCCUCGAGAAGAAGAUCUACGACCGCCAGAUAUCCAAACAGGGAAUGUCUGAUCGUGUGGUGGACGAUCUGAACCCUGUGCUGACCUUCACCAGGAGGGAAGUGGAAUCCCUCCUUCACUUUGUGGAGGAGGAACCAGACCCUUCCCAGGUCCAGCUGCAGCCUGAGGAUGGCAUGGAGAUUGUCCUGCAGAAGGCUCUGCACCUUUACUCUCGCCUGAUUACCAAGCAACCCUUCCCCCAUGAGUCCCUUCUGAUAGACCGCAGGGAGCUGAAGCUGAGCAGCGCUGAAAAGAAAGCUGCUAAAAAGGGAUACGAGGAGGAGAAGAGGGCCUCGGUGCCGUACACCCGCCCGUCCUACGCUCACUAUUACCCCGCCAGUGACCAGAGCCUCACCAACAUCCCCGCAUUCAGCCAGAGAAACUGGCGACCACCCACUCGCACUGAGGAGAAGCCGGUGGCCAGUGUCCGGCCAGUACAGUCCACUCCAGCUCCAACGAUGCCCCGCCAGGUGCCUCCAGCUUCUGCCCCAGACCGGGAUUCCUCCAGGUCCAGCCUAGGAGGGUUCCCUGUCAACUGCCUGCAGAAAGCCGGCGUGUUCGUACAGAAGAUUGUCACCACUACUGAUAUAGUGAUUCCAGGUGCCAACAGUUCAACCGAUGUUCAGGCCAGGAUCACUUCUGGGGAGAGCAUCCAUGUUAUCAGGGGCACAAAAGGAACUUAUAUCAGGACAUCUGAUGGCCGAAUCUUUGCUAUUAGAGCGGCUAAUAAGGCCAAAUCCAUGGAGGAGAGUACAACAGCGCCACCCAAAGAGUCUCGUACCUCCCCUCAGGAGGUUUCAACCAAUGGUUGCCUAUCGACUGACAGGAAGCACGUGGCACCCUCCAAGGCUGUGCCCCGGCCCAUUUCACCGGACGGCCCGGAGAUCAUCAGCGAGCUGCAGAGCUACACGGGCGUCCGAGGAGCUGACGCCGCAGCAGCCCCGGGCGGUCAGCCAGAGAGGGCAGCAGAAGGCAGCCUGAGCAAGCCCCCCUCCGGCAAACCGCUUCAGACCGGCGGCGGCAGCGGUUUCCCCGGUGGAAAAAUGGGUCACUGCGAUGCUCCUGUUCCAAACAUAAUCCAGCCCCACAUGGAAGACACCGCUCAAGACUUGAGGAUCGGCAUUAAGCGCAAAGCCUCCCCCCUGUCCCUGGAAGAGCGGCCCAGUAAGCAGCCAUCCGCCGGCAAGCUCUCCUCAGCUCCUCUGGCCUCACAAGGAUUCUCCUUGUCGGGGGGCUACGGCAUGCCCCCGAUGGGCCUCAACCCCGCCAUGCUGGGGGGGUCGCUGGGGCACCCGCUCUACAUGGGGCCGGGCUCGCAUUACUUCAAGUCGCCCCACGCUCAGCUGGCCGACCCCAGCUACAUGUACCCUGAUCUGUUUGGUCUGGGCGGAGUCCCGUCGUCCUCUCCGUCCCCUUCAUCCACAGCAACCAGUGCUCCUGCCGUCUCAUCUUCCUCAUCAUCAUCGGCGGCAUCGGCCACAGCCACCAGUUCACUUCCGGGAGCCCUGCCGCCGUUCAUGCUGACCCCCAGCAUGGCUGGCAUGGCUGGGAUGCUCCCGCCCAGUUUCCCCCUGUCAUACAGCCCUUCCCUGGCCAGCCUUUACUCAGGGUCCAUGCUCCCGGGUGGGCUGCCAGGUCCGGCGGCCACCCCCGGCCCAGCAGGGGCCAGCUUCUUGUCUCAGUACCCUCCGACUGCAGCCUCAUCCUCAUCCUCUUCCCCUUCCUCCUUCUCUCCCUCAGCGCGGUCCGAUGGCCACCGGGCGCAGGUUUUAGUCAACGGCAGGGAUGUUGGCAACGUUAGCAGCUCCGAUGACGAUGGUGAUGUGAUUGGGGUGAGGAGACAGUGAACGAAUGUCUUUGGUUAGGGGGAGGGAGGGAAUGGACUUGGAAAAGACAGUUAAUGUGUGCAGGUGCUACCUGUACCGCCUUGAAGCAACAGUCUGAAAGAUGUCCAAGCCUAAACUGGACACGGAGUGACAACUCUUAAUAUCAGAGGGGGGAAACAAGCAAAGGUGUUUUGACGGAUUGAGCUCGGAGGAGAUGAAAAUCAGAGGACCUUGAGCUUCCGGGGUUUUUGUUCAAUUUCGGCAUUAAAACGCUCAUCACUGGACUGAGUACUGCUGAGUGUGCGCCUGUAGUGAGCACAAACGGCCUCUAGUUGUACUGUCGAUUUUAGAGAUUCUAGCUCCGUGGCUUCGCUAAAUGUGGACACUUGCUUUUAGCUAUUAUAAAAAGACAACAUGGUUGUCGGGGGUGGGGGGUGGGGGGGGGGGGGUCAUUGGACAACAUGGUUCGUGAAACAAAGUAGCUGGUAGUACAUUUUGUUUAAUGACUGACAUAAUAGUGUCAUAGUGAAUAUUGCUACUGAGUAUUUCCUAGAAUGGCAAAAGAAAGGGUUAAAAGAUCAAACAGAAGCAUUGGAGAGCAUUUUGAUUCAUCUUAAUAAUUCACUGCCAGGACAGCGGGGUAAUGCAGCCUUUAGUUCUUGAAGGAAAAUAAAAAGAUAAUUGUUCCAGAUGUAUUUGUGGCUUUGAGGCUUGGUGAGAGCGAGGGCAAGACACAUUUUACUGAAACUUUAAAACUCAAAUGAAAGAAUGUAUGUUUAAUCAAAUGCCUUUUUACCAGGCCUUUUUGGAAAGACUCCUUCUACUUAGGCAUGGGACGUGGGAAGAUGUAAUUUUUCUGUUUUUGUAUGUGUACUGUAUUUUUAUGUAUUCUACUUUUUAAAGAAAACAAUUGCCUAAAAACAGCCAGGUGAAAAAUAAGGAGAAAAAAAAUCACAAAAAAGACAAACAAACUCGUGAGUUAUGCUCCUUGUAGCGGAGAAACAACCAACAGAAAAUGCCUUUUUGCCUCCAUCUUUCUGAAUGUUAGCUGUGAGAGAGGAGAGGUAAGGAGAGACAGAGUCCCCGCGGCUCUCUGGAUCUCGCCCACAGUCUUACUGUAGCCUAGUGAAAAACGAUGCAAAACACUCACUCAAGCCUAUACGUAUUCGUACAACCCCCAAACUGAGCUCGCCACCCCGACUUCUGGUUCUGCGCGAGUCGCUACCGUCUAUAUACUUGUGUGUUUCGUGUUUAAAGGUUACAAAAGGAAUCAUUUCUGGAAAAAAAAUCAACAAAAACCUGUUGUUUUGAGAGAUUUCACCUUCCCUCUGCUUUCUUUUAUUUUUUUCGUCGUCUCUCAUCUCGUCCGACAGACUGAGGUCAAUGUAAAACCAAACUUUUACUUUUUUUUUUCUAGUUUGAAGAGACGGUGUUGCUUUGCCAAAAAACAAGGAAGUGCACAAGCACAUCAUAAGCCUCCGUAAAAGAGGAUCGUGUCUUAAGAGACCAAAUAAUGUUGUCAAAGCAGAGCAGUUUGAAAUCUGCCGCCUCAGCAUCCUAACAGCUUCAGAACCACAUAUCCACGUCUACACAUCACUGCACUGUAAAAGAGACACAAAUCUGUAUGGGUUUGAAGAAAACCCAGAAAAAAAACAACUGGAGAAGCUUCAUCUUGUGACCAGAUUUCCUUUUAUAUUAACCUUAAAUCACCAUUCUGCUCACACAAGAGCGAAAUACACUCUGUUUACUCUCCUUAGUGACAGCAGCAGGAGCUUUAAGCAUCUCGGGCUCUUUAGUUAAGAAUCCAUCUGAAAACCAUCAAGCAACGUCUGCAGCAUUUCUUGUUGUUCUUCCACAGAUCUGUUCUUCAUACAAAAACUGUUAAGUCGACUCAUGUUUUUGGUUUUUGCUCUCUUCAUUUUACAAUGUUUGAAUUUACCAAAUUAACUUAUUUAUGACGGUGCAUAUUUAUUCAUUUGUAUUUUUAUUUUUGUACAAUGUCUUUUUUUGGUUUCCAUUUGUUUCUUCACUAUCUUGUCGAAAUUAUUUUUUAUGUUUAUGUUAGUAUUGUUCCUUACCUUUUUUCUGUUUUAUUUUGACUUUUUUUUUUUUUGGAAGACCUGACGAUCAGCCAGUCUCACCCAACACAUGUGAACCUGUGCAGAACUUGCAUGUGGACCAACCGAUUAGUGUGUUGUUGAGCACAUUAAUAUCCAGGAUCUUUAAGAAGGAUAGAGGACAUACUGUGUCUGUUCUUCACAAUAACAAACAGUUAAAAAAACAAAACAAGGGACACGUUGACAUUCUGACACACAGAGCUGUGUGGAAAGCAUUUUAGUUAUUGAUGGGAGAUAUCUCAGAUAAAUGGGAUAAUCUGAAUAUUAUGAGCCAUACGUGUGCAUGUUGGCUCAUUAACAAGUACUGGAUCGUAAACUGGGGCGGUUUAACCACUCACCAAUGAAAAGAAGGUUAUAUCAAGUGCUUUCCUUUUCUUUUCAGCAGUUCAUUACCAUAUCAGCAGAAUUGUCCUCUUGUGUCAUCCACUGAUGGCAAAAUGAGUUUCCUCUAUAUUGAAUUGUUCGACUCUCAGCUCGGCACUCGCUGUGCAGACUGACUGCUCUUUAGUUUCACAGCUUUCUACUUGAAUUUACAUAUUUAUUUAUACAAACCGAUUUGGUCGGAUGAGCCGAGCCGACUGUUUGAAUUCCUUUUUUUGCCGAAGAGAUGAUUAAGUCUGCUGUCUGAGGAUUGGCUCUAUUCAAAAUCUGUUGUGUAGAUUAUUGAUGCAUAAUGUUUAUGACUUUGGAUCACUUUUAAGAUUAUUUUUUUUCUUUUUUUGGGGUUGUUUUUUUGAAGUUUGUAAAUAAAAGAAACAUGCUCUAAAUCAUACUUUUUUGCUUUUUCUUUAGUAGUAGAUGAUAAGAGUACAUAAUCCCCUUUUGUUCUCACACAGACACAUGAUGUGGACAACUGACUAAUGCUUCUAAGAGAAUGUAUUUACUUGGAAGUCUUUUUUCAACAUUGCUUACACACACUAACAGCCCUCCCUGAUAUUUCUGGGCUGACCCCUGACCUCUGGUUCCUGAAACAGCUGGAACCAGGGCAUCUAUCCAGCUUUGGGCCCAAAUGAAAUGGGCCAAAGGAAUAUAUUUGGGAUGUUUUUAAACAUCCGAAACAUUAAUUAAAUACAUCUUUCAGUCAUGUAAGAUGUGAAGAAUAAAAACUGUGAUGCCAAUUUGGAUAGCAGGCAUGUCUUUGAUAUUAAUACAGCUGAUGUCUUUAAUAAUAAACAACAUACAACUGAGGACCACCACUAAAUACAUGCAUACAACGCUGAAUGUACAGCUAAGCUUGCCUAAAGAAAAUGGAUAUUUUGCUUGUUUAUCAUUAGUUUAUGAAAACUGUUUUAGGCCCUUUUAAAAGGAAAAAGUAUCUCCCAACAGCAGGAAAAGAAAUGAGCUUUGAAUCUGAGUAACUCUGAGGUCUUUGUUAGUAAUUGAAUAGAAAUAGUUAGUAAUUUUAUUGUUUUCCAAUAAGAUAAACAUGGUCACACAAGUAACCAUAUCUUUUCAGUUAAAAAAUAAAUAAUAUUUAAAGAUGCUUAAACUGAAAUGAAUCAUGAAAUGAACCACGUGGUUAUUUUUACACUGGUGACUCCAUCAGCCUAGAAUAACUUACCGUUUUGAAUCUUUUAGAUUUUAUUGUACACUUUUAUAUCUGUGAGUGCCUCUACUUUAAUUACUUCUGACAUAUUUGUUGACUUUAUUUUCAACAGUGGGGCUGAACUCUGUUUUCACAUAUUCUGCUUUGUCUUACUUUGUUUUUAUGUUACAUCACAUUGGUGUAACUGUCUACAAAACAAGGAACCUUCUUUCAUUUAAAGAACUUUUGAUUGUCAAACUGAAAGCCUUAAAAGCCAUCCAAGGGGCAGAAGCCAAAUUAUUUGCCCCACAUUUAUUUUUGCACAUAGUGGGGUUUUUUGGCUUGUUUAACAGCAUAAUUUAGUUGGCUGCAACCACGAAACAGGGCACAAUAAUGGUCCUGUAUAACAACCAGUGAGAGAAAUUUGAAUGAUUAAAGGGAAUAUGUUGUUUAAUUGAAAGCAUGCUGAACACACUAAUGAGCAUAGUUUUUUUACAAAUCUACAACAGUAGAAAUUGCUCACCAGACAAAAACGCAUGGUUAUUUAAAUGUACUACCAGAUAAACAAAUUGAUUCUGCAGAGCCAACAUUUAUGAAAAUUUAGACUUUCAAAUGGAAGUCUCAAUGCAUGUUAUGGUGGGGGCCAGAUGUAAGUUUCUUUUUUGGGUGGGAAUAAUGGUGUGUGCUUGUGCUAAAUGUUGGGCUGAACAUCAAUAGCGAAAACGUUUUUCACUCUCUGUCUCUGUUCAGUGAUGCAUGAGAGACUUUCAUUCUGUUUGAAACUCUGGGUGAGUGUUGGUGUUCAGUCUGUUUUCUGUCCAUGUUUUCCGUUACAUUGUUGAAAACUGUUUGAAUGUGGUUUGUCUCUGUUAAUGUUAUGUAACUUUUGAUUGUUCAGAAUAAAAUGAAUGCAUCUGUGAUAUUUGUGUCUUUGAGAGAGUGUUAUUUA